UCAUUCUCGCACUGACAGGCUGUGGAGUCUCUUCUCUGGCUGGGGGAGGAGGACGAGUCCUUCCAUUAAUGCACGCGUCUCCACGUUACAAUCGGCACUUUAUCAUCGCUCUAAAAACGACACGUUUUGUGUGAGGGGCUUUUUUUUUUUUUUUUUGGUGUGUUUGUGUGUGUGUUUUUUCUAAAAAAAAAACAACCCGCCUUGUAUCAGAUACGAUACAAGCUGUUAGCUAGUUAGCCGGAUAGCUUGUGGGCUAGCCAGCUCUCUCCCCACCCUCAACACGGUGAGUGGUCGUCGUGCCAAACUGCAGCCGAGAAGCGCGACUUUUUUCUUUCUUUUUUUAUUUUUCUUCCCCCCCCCUUCUUCGCCUUCGACCGACGUCGUCGCGGGCUUUGCUCCCAAAACGUCGAGCCGGCACGUUAGCAAAGGUGACGCCAGCGACAUAGUGGGCGCUACGUGGGGAGAGACGUGUCUUCUGACAGCAGGGAUACGUCGGCUGUCCUCCCCGCCUCUGGCUGACAGCUCGGGCUGCUGAGACGGAAGACGACGCGGCGAAGGAGGGGAUUGGCGACUUUCUAGCCGGUGAGCUCGAUUUGCACGCUGUACUGCAUCAACAAGCGACAUCAGUGUGUAAAGGAUAUCACCACAUGGGCUCAGGAACACUUCAGAAACCCACUGUCAGUAACUACAGUUGGUCACUACAUCUACUGUCAACAAGCGCUGCGACUGAGCCACACACACACGCGCACACACACACACACAACCAUGAGUAUUGAGAUUCCGGUGGGGUUGACAGAACUGCUGCAAGGCUACACCGUGGAGGUGCUGCGACAACGGCCGUCGGACCUGGUGGAUUUUGCCAUACAGUACUUCACCCGCUUGCGGGACACGAGGGGUCAAGAUGGCGCCAGCGAGGGCGGCAAGACGGGGAAAGGUGUGAUGUUCGAUGGGGAGCCGAUGCAGACCGAGUCUAACGGAGAAGACGACGAAGACGACGACUCUGACUUCGAGCCCCCACCGCCAAGCAGAUUCAGCAGAAGAGUGUCAGUGUGUGCAGAGGCGUUCAACCCAGAUGAGGAUGAUGAGGACACCGAACCCAGAGUGGUUCAUCCAAAAACCGAUGAACAGCGCUGCAGACUGCAGGAGGCCUGUCGGGACAUCCUGCUUUUCAAAACACUGGACCAGGAGCAGUUCUCUGAGGUGCUGGACGCAAUGUUUGAAUCACGGGUGCAGCCCCAAGACCAUGUCAUCGACCAGGGAGACGACGGGGACAACUUUUAUGUCAUUGAGCGAGGCAUCUAUGACAUCGUGGUGUCUGGGACAUGCGUGGGCCAAUACGACAAUAAGGGCAGCUUCGGGGAGCUGGCACUCAUGUACAACACACCUCGUGCGGCAACCAUCAUCGCCACCGAGGAGGGGGCUCUAUGGGGGCUGGAUCGUGCCACAUUUCGAAGACUCAUUGUAAAGACUAAUGCCAAGAAGAGGAGGAUGUACGAGUGCUUCAUUGAGUCCGUGCCCUUACUCAAAUCCCUGGAGGCAACAGAAAGGAUGAAGAUAGUGGAUGUAUUGGGGGCAAAGCAGUUCUCAGAUGGGGAGCGCAUUAUCACACAGGGAGACAGUGCUGACUGCUUCUACAUUGUAGAAUCCGGGGAGGUGAAGAUCAUGAUGAAGAGUAAAACGAAGGCGGACCAUGCAGACAAUGCGGAGGUGGAGAUAGCGCGCUGUAGCAGGGGUCAAUACUUCGGGGAGCUGGCCUUGGUCACGAACAAGCCCAGGGCCGCUUCAGCCUACGCGGUGGGCAAUGUCAAGUGUUUGGUAAUAGACAUACAAGCGUUCGAGCGCCUCCUGGGCUCCUGUAAAGAGAUCAUGAAGAGGAACAUCGCCCACUACGAGGAGCAACUGGUGGCCCUGUUCGGCUCCAGCAUGGACCUGAGAGACUGAGCCUCCCACUCCACCCUCCGUGCCUUCAAUUACACACACACACACACACACACACACACACACACACACACACACACACACUAGACGACAUACAGGGGCAACUCACCAUAAGCUUUACCCAGAUCGUCCAAACACCAUUAGAAAUUGUAGUUAUUCCACGUGUAAAUGAGUACAUCAUCAUUUCAGUGAGCUUUAGACCAUAAAAUUGUGUUGUUCCACGACAGCCUCAAGCUUUCAGUAUGAGACACACACACACACACACACACACACACCAUUUAAUAAACACAUCAUGCUUUGUAAGACAGUCUUCACAGCUCUUACGUUGCCUCAGCCAAGGACACUUACACACACACACACACACACACACACACACACACUCAGUGGGGUACACGUCAGAAACACACACCACAUUUGCAAAAAGUCAUUCUUGUACAAUGGAGCUGACAAACUAAAGAAAAAAAAAAAAACUGAGGAAAAUGCAAAAAAAAUAGAAGUUUAACAAAACAAAAGUUUUAGAAACAUUUUAUGAAGAUUCAAAACAGGAGCUUUGAUAAAAUAUUUAAAUAAGAAAAAAAAAAGUGUUUUCCCUUCGGGAGGCCGAGGUGAGGACACUCCACUGCUUUCUCGACUGUCGUUGAUUGAGUUGAGUUAGUUCUGGUGAUUAUUGCAGUACCACAGAAGAAGAAGAAGAAGCAGUCAAAAACAAUAACAUCCUCCAUUUCUGGGACUUUGCUAUUCUACUGUUGACGUCCAACUUCAUUGUAUUGAAUUAAUUAUUAAUGUAUUGCUAUUCUAUAUUCAUGUAUUAUUUUUUUUGUUUUAUUUUGACUCGAUAAAUUUCACCCCUCAUCUCCAUUGAAAAAAUGUAAAAACCAACAAAAUCUAAUAAACAUAUUAGUGCUUAUUUCUUGAUUAACCUACAAUGAUUUGUCCUGGAUCAAAAAAAAAAAAAGUACAAAAAAAUACAAAUAAAGCAAACAUUUUGUUAAAACAUGA